ACGAUGUGGCAACGCCGGUUGGCACAUCCCACACACAACAAAUUGUUUAUUCCAGAAAUCGUGCUGUAUUUAACGAAAAACAAACUGCAACACGCCACACAGCAGUUCCACAAAGUGCGAAGACGGCUAUUCGAGGAAUUCUCCAAACCGCCGCCAGCCAACUGCUCUACCCGGCGAUUUCCAGAACAGCCCACAGCCGCUGCCAGAGCCACACCAUUCCACUUUGGAGCCUUUCGGUUGGGUUCGGUUGAACAAUUAGCGAUUUGCCCGGUGCGUCCAGAAAGGCUUGUAAAAUUGGCAAGAUAAGUAAGCAGAGCACAAAGAUGCCGCCAGCGUCAGCGGUGAACAAUAGCAAUGCGGCCGCCCAGGCGGCGAAGGCCGAGCGGGCGGAGAAGCUGCGCGGAGCUCUGAAGGGCUUCAUCGUGGCAGAUCGCCAAAGGCGCCAGGAGGAGUACGAGGCGCAGUGCGAGGAACAGCGGCUACGGAGGGAGCGUGAGGAGGUCGAACGCCAGACUAACCAGUCGCUGGAGGACACGCGCGGCGAGAUCACGCGCCUGGACGAGCAGCUAGCCGAUUUGCACAGUCAGAAGCACCAGCUCACCGUGCAGCUGAAGAAGGUGCUCAACGAGGACGAGACGCGGAAAAAGCAGGCCAAGGAGAACGAACUGUUUGCCAUGCAGCAGGCAGCCGCCAGCGUGGCCAGCGGUCCGGUCUUCCUGCCACCCCUGCGCCUCCAGCACCAUCAGUUGCUGCAAAAGCCACCUCCCGGCACCCAACCAGCCAAGCGGGGAAGGAGCCCCUCGCCACCCAAUCAGCACCAGGCGUAUUACAAGAGCGCUGCUAGCUACGCCCAGCAGAAACACGAUGACUACCGUCGUGCCGCGGACUAUGCUAGAUUAUCAUGGAACAAGACCACUGCUCAGUAUCCGGGCACGGGAACGAUCUUCUACCAGACGGCCGCCGCUCCGCCGACGACGCAACACCAGGCGGAGGCCCGCCUACAGUCCAUCUACAACUACAAUCUGCCUUUGCGCCAAGCGUACUUGGAGCUGCCCAGCGCCACCGUCAGCAAGCCCCCGGACUCGCAGUCAGCCAAGGCUCCGCCACCGCAGCCGAUGCAGGUGCUCCACAUUAACCUCGAUCAGCCGGCCAUCUCGCAGGCGGAUCUUGUGGUUCAGGCCGGCGGCAGUCUCACGGCGAAGGCUAAUCAGCCGCAGGUGACCAUGGAGAAGCUGCCGGGCUACCACAUCGAGGUGAAGCAUCCUGAAGGCCCGCCCCCAAGCCAUCUGCCGCCCCCGCCGCCACAUCUGCUGUCGGAGGGUGUCAUCUUCAAGCCUCUUCUCAGCGAGCUGUCGCUGCAUCCCAACGUUCUACAGAUAAGCAGCAGCCAGUUCCCUCAACAGAACGCCAAGGCGGCGGGCAGCAUCACGCAAGGCUAUGCCCCGGGACGAGGUGGAUCUGCCCACGAACAGCAGUUGGCCCGGCAACAGCUGGCGAUGCUGCCGGGAGCCCCGCCAGGAUCUGUGUCGGGCUCCGCUCAACCGCCGCCUGGUCAGCAGCUGCACUAUCCGCGACGCUUGUUUUAGCCCCGCUGAGGAUUUAGUACGGAACUCACUCACUGAUAUACUUACGAUUUUAAAUGGAAAUUAUACUGACUAUGCUGCCCACUUGGAGGCGGUCACACGAAAUAAAGCACACAACUAUGGCGUCCCUAUUUUCCAA